AGGGAGUUUUCACUGCUGAGGGAAAGAGCAGAGUUAUUAGGAAGCAGAAAAUGGGACCAGCCGCCACCUCGCUCGCUCUCCUGUGUUUCUGCUCUCUGGGUGUGUGUGUUCCCACGGGGACGGUCGACGCUGCAGCGACUCAGGCGUCUCUGCCAGAGGUGAGGAUGGCGAGAGGAGACAUCCCCGACGUCAUUCCAGAGCCUGAACCAGAACCAACGAGUCCAGUGUCAGACUUUGAAAACUCAUACAACUACGUCCUAUCCAGACUGGCCGGGAUGGACCAGGCCAUCCACAAGCUGAACGUUGGCCACUACACGCUGGAUGUGAAAGUCAGUCAGCUGAUGGACCGUCUGUCCAGGAUGGACGCUAAAGUCGGGGAGCUGGAGGACAACAUCCGGGAGGUUCAUCAGCACAGCAAGGACAACCGCAAGGAGGUCGGAAGACUGGAAGGUUGUCAGAAGGGACGCAGGAUGGGAUACAAGUGUUAUCUGGUGUACAACAGCUUCGAGGAUUAUUCCGGAGCUUCCAAAAAGUGUCUGGAGCGUGGCGGCCGCAUGGCGAUGCCGCGCGACCGCAAGGAGCAGGAGGCCCUGGCCGAUUACGUGAAAUCCUUCUUCCACCCGGGCAACUGGCCCGUGUGGCUGGGCAUCAACGACCUGCGGUCCGAUGGCAUGUACCUUUUCGACGACGGGACGCGGGUCUCGUACUUCCAGUGGCGCAAGCACUUCCUGUCCAGUCAGCCGGACGGCGGGAGGCGGGAGAACUGCGUGGCCAUGUCGUCCGACGACGGCGACUGGUGGGACCACUACUGCGACCGGACCAUGAACUACGUGUGCGAGUUCGACGACAGGGUGGCACUUUAAGAUGAACUCUGACCUUCAGCUCGUCUUCGUUUUAAAUGUAUAUUUGCAGAGAAUUCAAAAGACACUUUAAACACACGUGGGAUCGGUUGAACGUCUCCAUUGGACAUAGUGUGCUUUAGUAUUAACAGCCAGUAUAAUUCCAGUGUGAUAUACAGUUUGUGUAGUUUAGUGUGAGUUUAUUUUAGGAUUUUUAGUGUCUCAAAUGCGCACAAGUGUACGUACUGCUAUUAACUUCAGGAUAAGACUUUGUGAGAUAAUGUUACUAAUAUAAAUGUUGUGUUGUUGGUGCAGCUGCAGUGACAUGAAUGUAAGUCAGUCAGUCGGGAAUCUGCUGUGAUUUCAAGCACAGAGUUCUAAAUAUUUGUUUGACAAUUCCCAAGAAGAGAAAACAUGAAAAGCACAAACUGACCCCUGGAAGAUACAGAGCAGUGUGGAUUCAACUUAACUGGAAUGAGGCCGUGCUUCUCAGUCACUACAGAUCUGUGACGUGGUUUUAAUAAACGCUGACAGAGACCGUGACUGUGCAGGAAAACUGCUUCACACGCUCCGGAAGAAAAGACUUGUUGCUGUGCGUCCCACAAAAUAUAAAAUCAGAGGGCGAUGUACAUAAAUGUCUGAAUGUAAAUGUUUAAUACAUUUUUUUUUCUACAGGUUUACAGCUUCAUUUUGUGAUUAAUUAAAAAGGGCUAAAAGGUUAAAAAGA